CUACUAGUUUCUUUCCAAAACAAGGAAAAACGUGUAUAAUUUGAGGGGAAAUUACAAAACUUUGCAAACCCUCUUACUAGCUAUAUUAUUAGUCUUAGUCUUUGCUUUCUCAGAUGCUCAUGAUCAUCAUGGCUUUCUUUCUUUUUGUUUUGUUUUGCUGCUUUGACUUUCUUUAAUUUGCACCAAAACCCUUUUCUUCCAUCUCCAAAAUCUCAGUAUUUGCAGAAUUGUAGGUGGAAACUAUGAUGGUUUCUUUUGGUACAUUCCAUUCAUAGACUUUUGGAGGCUGUUUUCGAGUCACGCUUCUACCAGUUCACUAUCUGAGUUAUUUAUUUUUGUGGUGUAAGAUACUAAGAUGUAGCAAAUAUGUCGGUCCACCUGCCCUUCAAUUGUAACAUUAUUGCAAAUUGCAAAUUGGUUGUCUGGCUUAUAAUUUAUGAGUUCAAAGCACUCUCUCUGUGUUACUAUUCCAAACAGUUUACUACCAUCUAUCUACUCUACUAAAUUUUCAAGCCUUCAAUGCUUCUUCAUACAAUGCUUUGUUGUCAAUAACCUCCCCAUUGCCAUCACUUUAUGUUUGUUUAGUACAUGGUACUGAGAGUGAAUAACUUCGACUCUGAUGCUUGUUGGACAACUCAGCAUUUGUUCCUUCCUACCCUUUUUACCUUAAUCACAUACACUGGCUGUAAAAUUAGUUAGUAAUUUUUGGAUUGGUUUAUCUUGUGGAUCACCUUAGCUUUUUGCUUCCACAGAUGAGGAUUGGACUCAGGAUACUUGAAGACUAACCCUGUUCUUCUUAGGACAGUGUAUGGGUUGGAAUAAAUGAAGCCGCAGCUCAAAAUUGCUCUUGCUUUAGUUGUUAGCUUGCUUUGGAUUCAGCAAUCAUUUUGUGAUGAAACUUCUGAUACAUCUAGCUUAAACAAGUGGAGGUGUAGAUGUUCUUUCCAAGGGAACCAAAGCUAUUCUCUUGCUAAUUGUUCAAAAUCAUGUGAUUGCUUCUCAGAUUCUGAAGAGAGUGCAUCUGUAUGGACAUGCGUAUGUGAUUCCAAUGGAUUUCCCCAAGUGGCAGCAGAUGGUCAUAGCUCCAAUUGCUUUAAUGCUUGCAACUGCACUUGGGGAACCUUCAGCAGGCCGGGAGGUUCAAAGAAGCAUGUUUCCAGCAAGAUUGUUGUAGUUAUACUAUUAAUAUGUGUUAUAUGCACGACCAUGGCAUUUCUUGUCUCACUUAUAUGCCAUGUCUACCGAAAGGACAGAUGUACAAUUCACUCACCAAUAUUCUCAAUGGAUAAGGAAACAAGUAUUGGUAGUACCACCAACUUAAUUAGUCAUAGAUCAGGAACUUCUUCAGUGCCAGAAACAAAAUAUGCAAUGAAUUCUCCAAUUUAUCAUAUCACAGGUUGUUUUCAGAAAGCCUCUUUCUUUUUUGGGAACCCAAAAGAAACUUAUCAUGGGAAUAUUUUUCCAUUUUCGUUAGCCGAACUGGAAAAUGCAACAGAAAACUUUUCAUCUUCCAACCUAAUUGGGGUAGGUGGAAGUAGUUAUGUAUACCUUGGUAGGCUGAAAGAUGGUAGCAAUGUGGCAGUUAAACGACUAAAAGAUCAAGGAGGGUCAGAAGCAGACUCCGCAUUUUUCAAGGAGAUUGAACUAUUAGCUAGACUUCACCAUUGUCAUUUGGUUCCUUUGCUUGGAUACUGCUCGGAGUUAAAAGGAAAACAUGUUCAGAGGUUACUAGUAUUUGACUACAUGGCAAAUGGAAAUUUGAGGGACUGUUUAGAUGGAGUUUCUGGAAAACAUGUCGAUUGGGCGACUCGUGUUAUGAUUGCAAUAGGAGCUGCAAGGGGCUUGGAGUAUCUCCAUGAAGCAGCUGCUCCAAGAAUUCUUCAUAGAGAUGUCAAAUCAACUAACAUUCUUCUGGAUGAAAAUUGGCAAGCAAAAAUAACUGAUCUUGGCAUGGCUAAAAACUUGAGAUCUGAUGACCUCCCCAGCUGUUCAAAUUCUCCAGCAAGAAUGCAGGGAACAUUUGGCUAUUUUGCACCUGAGUAUGCCAUUGUUGGUAGAGCUUCUCUUGAGUCAGAUGUCUUCAGUUUUGGGGUGGUUCUUCUUGAACUUAUCAGUGGUCGCCAUCCCAUCCAUAAAUCUACUGGCAAAGAAGAAAGCCUUGUUAUAUGGGCUACUCCUCGCUUACAGGAUAGUAGGCGAGUAAUAAGGGAGUUGGUUGAUCCACAAUUGAAAGGAAACUUCCCAGAAGAAGAGGUGCAGAUAAUGGCAUACUUAGCGAAGGAGUGUUUGCUGCUGGAUCCUGACACUCGACCAACCAUGAGCGAGGUCGUUCAGAUUCUUUUGAGUAUUUCCCCGGGAAAAUCUAGGAGGAGAAGAAACAUUCCAGCCAGCCUCUUUCAGGAACCAGAGGAUGCAGAAAAGCAAAGGCAAUCUACACCCAGUAAAUUUCCAACACAUAGUUCAUUGCCAAUAUAUAAUGAUCACAAUCUUUCUGUUGAGAACAAAAACAAAGCAGAAGAUGCAGUUUCAGCUGAGAAUAUGGAGAGUUUGAUCCUCUUGACUUCGAAAUCUGACGGUUCUCGUGCAUCAGAAGAGGAAAUAGUAGACCUGACUGAGCCUAGGUUUGAAUCAUUUUGCAUCACAAAUGGCAAUGCCCCAUGAAAAAUAUACACCCGGCACGGGCAGAGAGAUGCAGAUGGCAGAAGCCUGAGGAGUUUAUGUUGUGUGAACUGGUGGUACACCUCUGUUGCUUGUUCUACCACCCGUCACUGUGCAUGGCUCUAUGAGAUAUCAUAAGAGAUGCUGCAAUUAUUCUGUUUUAAUUAUCUUGGUCUACAUGUUUUUUUCAUGUUUUGAAAGGAAAAGCUCACAGGUGUUGUUUGAUGAGCACUGAAAAGUAUUCGUUUGUUUCUUGUACAGAAAAUCAUAGGAUGAUAGGAAAUUCUGGUUCUUCUUUAUUUGGAGAGGAACCGGAUGACAUACACAUUAAAUUAAAGGUUUUGGUCACAGAAAUAAUUGUCUUACAAUUAUAUUUGAUACCAAGUCUUCUUGAAGUAGAUGAAAUAAACUUUCUUAAUAAUGCACAAUCA